AUGGAGAGCGGGCGGCAGGUGGCGAACUUCGGGGCCGGGCCGGCGAAACUGCCGCGCUCCGUAUUAUUAGAAGCACAGAAAGAAUUGGUGGACUACAAAGGACUUGGUAUAAGUGUUCUUGAAAUGAGCCAUCGGACCUCAGAUUUCACAAAAAUUUUAAAUACGGCUGAAAAUCUCAUGCGUGAAUUGCUAAAUAUACCAGAAAACUACAAAGUUAUUUUCCUCCAAGGAGGUGGAUCUGCUCAAUUCAGUGCAGUUGCACUUAAUCUUAUCGGUUUAAAGGAGGGAAGACAUGCAGAUUAUGUGGUUACUGGAGCUUGGUCAGCAAAAGCAGCUAAAGAAGCAGAGAAGUAUGCCAAAGUAAAUAUCGUUCAUCCAAAACUAGGAACCUAUACAAACAUUCCUGACCCAAGCACUUGGAAUCUUAAUCCAGAUGCAUCUUAUGUCUAUUACUGUGCUAAUGAGACUGUUCAUGGUGUGGAGUUUGACUUUGUACCUGAUGUCAAAGGAGCAGUCUUGGUUUGUGAUAUGUCAUCAAACUUCCUGUCCAGACCUGUGGAUGUUUCCAAGUUUGGCGUGAUUUUUGCUGGUGCUCAGAAGAAUGUUGGCUGUGCUGGAGUUACUGUUGUAAUAGUACGUGAGGACUUGCUGGGAUUUGCACUGAAAGAAUGCCCUGUAGUACUGGAUUACAAAACACAAGCAAUGAAUGGCUCUUUGUAUAACACUCCACCAUGCUACAGUAUUUAUAUCAUGGGAUUGGUACUGGAAUGGAUAAAGAAUAAUGGCGGAGCUGCAGCUAUGGAUAAACUUAGUUUAAUCAAAUCACGAAUGAUUUAUGAUAUUAUAGACAAAUCUAAUGGAUUCUAUGUGUGUCCAGUGGAGAAAAAGAGCCGAAGCAGAAUGAAUGUCCCUUUCCGUAUUGGCAGUAUCAAGGGUGAUGAAGCACUGGAAAAGAAAUUUCUUGAGAAAGCUGUGGAACUUAACAUGAUAUCUCUGAAAGGGCAUCGAUCUGUGGGAGGAAUCCGUGCCUCUUUAUACAAUGCAGUGACGGUAGAAGAUGUUCAGAAGCUUGCAACGUUCAUGAGAAACUUCAUGCAGAUGCAUCAGUCAUAAAUGCCCAUGGGUUAGAGCCAUGCUGCACAUCUAUGAAAUAAAAGCUAAAGGGUUUGAAAGUUACCAUGGUACUGCACAGCUGUAGCGCACAAGUUAUAUUUUCUUUUAGUUCCUGUAGCUGUUUUAGUUAACUGCAUGGGAUUGCAGCCCAGUCUUGCAAUGACUUGGCAGCCUAGGCUUCACUGAAAGUGAGGAUCCCCAGACUGAUCAAGUUUGGUUCCAAAAUUUGCAAAACAGUAUUCUUAAUAUGUAGUUAAAACAUGAAUGGCAUUGUAAGAUGCUAUGGAUCUGAGUCUGUUUCUUGCUUGUAGUUGCAAAUGACUUCUUCAGCAAUGCCUUAUUUUCAGUAAACUUCAGGAGGCAAAACUUGCCAUAAGCUUUCUGUAAUGCUUUACAAAUACUCUGUGACUGCGCAGUGAAGCUAGAACUAAUGUUAAGUGUUCUCUAAGGAUAUCUAGUUGGUUUAUCAGAUAUAUUCCAACAGUAUACCACUGGCAGUAUUUAGGAGUUAAUAUCUGUGUUCCUAACUUGAGGACAUUGCCUUCAGACUUCUGCUCCCAUGCUUGAAGUACUAUCAUAACGGUUCCAUGUAGCAAUACCCAUUGUGGAUGAAGUCUGUAGGACUGGGCCUUUUUUCGUAUUAUCAUUUAUUGGUUUAAAGCUAAGAGGCAUGAGCCUAUAAUUAAGUCAAUUUAUAAGAUGUUUUUUAUUUCUCUAUGCAUUUUGUGUAUUAAACUUCUCUAGGUUAUUAAUUUUGUAUUCUUAUUUUGGAGUGUGUGUAUUUGCUCCUGCCAAAAACUUUGUUUUUAAUUUGUUAACCUUGUGCCAAACUGGAUUACUGUAUUCCACUCAAUGGAUCUGUGACUUUCUCUGCACUGACUUCCUAGCCCAAAGUGCAGCAGACUUUCUUGUCUGGUGCUUCUUAAAUAUCUUCCCUCUCUAAUUGCUCCAGUAUUUUCUCUGCCCUUUCAUUGCUUCAGUUCUGCAGCCUUUUCUAUGUGGGGCUUUGCCCAGCUGUAGUAAAUACAGUCUUGACUCCUCUGCCUUUUCCUGACACUACAUCACACUUUUGGUCUCACUUUCUCACUUGAUCCUUCUGGCUUAUUCCAGACUUCGAUACUCUGGGCUAGAGAAGGAACUGUGGUUAUGCAGAGAUCUUCAGAAGAUGUUCUAUUACAGUACCCUUGAGUUACUUUCCCUUCUCAGCUUGUGAAUUUACUGCCGAUGACCAUAUAUUGACACUAGCCUCCUGUUUUAACUUAUGUAGAAGCCACCUGCUAGUAUCAUAGUGUUUAGCUUUACUGCAGCUAGUUCCAAACUGUAAACUCUUCGGUACAGGAUUGGGAUUUUUUGAUUUUUUUGUGUAACACCAGUACAGUGGUAACAAUAAUGAUAAUGGACUGUCCCUUUCUUGGUGGAACCUCACAGCAAGUCAGUGGAGCUGUGCUAGGGUUGAGUUACGUUCCUAUCUGAAAAGUCAUCAUUUUAUGACUACUAUUUUGAGAUUUUUGUCCACUUAGUGUAACUCAAAGUAAUUAAACAAAUCGGGUGAAGAAAAUAAAAAUCACAGCAUGCUGUGAA